CGGCGCUCUUCUUUGCUUCACCAGCAUCGAAAACCGCCGCCGCAAACAUUUUGCGAUCUGUUGUCUUCAAUCUUAUAUUCUUUUUCUCCUCCCAUCUUCCUUCAUCUUUGCAACGCUUUUGCUUUCAUUUUCUGGCGCGACAUCUCUCGCUCCACCCAUAUCCACCGCUGCGAACUUAGCCCCACUAGUAACCUUAACAUUAUACCCUCGGUGAUCGAGAACCCAAUCCACCUCAUAUCCAGUUCGGAGGCAGAAAAGACCACGCGCCUUGAAACACGAGCCAGACAAGAUCUUACCUAUCAAUUCAGUUUCAGCGACACAGCUGGCAGUCAAGAUGAGCAGCUUCUCUAAUAUGCUCAAUAAGCUUCACGGCCAACCAGAGAGCUAUGAUAAGAAAGCGAAAUAUCGAUUCGGUCGAACCCUUGGUGCCGGUACAUAUGGAAUUGUCAGAGAGGCAGAUUGCGCCAGCGGCAAGGUCGCUGUGAAAAUCAUUCUCAAGAAGAAUGUCAAGGGCAAUGAGCAGAUGGUGUAUGAUGAGCUCGAGAUGCUGCAGCGCAUGAAGCAUCCGCAUAUCGUCAAGUUCGUCGAUUGGUUCGAAUCUAGAGAUAAAUAUUACAUUGUCACACAGCUAGCCACAGGAGGAGAGUUGUUCGAUCGUAUCUGUGAGCAGGGCAGAUUCACAGAGAAGGAUGCAUCGCAGACUAUUCGGCAAGUUCUUGAAGCUGUCGACUACCUUCACGACAACAAUGUCGUUCAUCGAGACCUCAAGCCCGAAAACUUGCUCUAUCUCACGAGAGAUCCCCAUUCUGAUCUCGUACUUGCCGACUUCGGUAUUGCGAAAAUGCUGGACUCGAAGGACGAAGUCCUUACGACAAUGGCUGGAUCAUUUGGUUAUGCCGCCCCAGAAGUCAUGCUGAAGAAGGGGCACGGCAAGCCGGUAGAUAUGUGGUCCCUCGGUGUCAUUACCUACACUCUCCUUUGCGGAUACUCUCCCUUCCGAAGCGAGAAUCUCCAAGACCUCAUCGAGGAAUGCUGUAACGGGAGCGUCGUCUUCCACGAGCGGUAUUGGAAGGAUGUCAGCAGUGAUGCGAAGGACUUCAUUGGACAUCUAUUACAGGCGAACGCAGAAGAUCGAUCAACCAGCAAGCAAGCUCUAGCCCACCCCUGGCUCAGCGGCGAGAAUGCAAGCGACCACAACUUGCUGCCAGAAAUCAGAGCAUACAUGGCGAAGGCGCGCCUACGCCGUGGAAUUGAAAUCGUCAAACUUGCCAACCGAAUCGAAGCACUCAAGAUGCAAGAGGACGAGCAUGAUGAUACGGAAGAUCAGGCGGAUGUUCCUGCUGAUGCAAAGGCAGCAGCUGGGAGCGCGUUACCCGAUGCAGAUCAUGAAGGAGCAGAGGCCAAAACAGCGGGAGGUUCUCAUUCCGGGGGUAAAAAGAGUCUAAGCAACAUUGCAAAGGGUGCCAUCUUCAGGGAGGUGGUGAUGGCCAAGGUUCGGGAGGCCAAGGAGCAAGAGCACGCGUUGCAGGUUGAAAAGGAAGCUCAGGACAGGGCUCAAAAAACGAAGAGCUUUCAGGAUGGCGUUUAGGACACAUAGAAUGAUGUGUGGAUUUUCUUAGAUUCGUGGUGGAAUGGGAUACCCACCCGUAUGGGCCGCGUCUGGUUUAGUUUCUUCUGCGUUGAUGAGUGUUAUAAUGGAAAAAAAGAAAAAAAGAAGCUCACGAGGUCCAACAAUAGAACGAAAGUGUGGUGUUCAAAAAGUCUUCAGGAGGUGAUCCCUAACAGAAAAGCUCAUCGAUAUUCUAUUCAGGAUAUGAAUCUGAGUACCUAGCUAUAGAAGUUCCUUAAGCGCA